ACAAGUGACAGUCGCCGUCUGCGAUCGUCAAAUGUUCCCGCGCCUAUCGUCAGCUAGAAGACUGCGCGCCCUCGCCAAGACGUUUAAAACAGUGGACAAGCCCGCGCACGCGCAGUCCUGAUCCGCAGGCCGACAACUGACUGUUGCUCUAGCCGAUUGUCAAAUGUUUCCGCGGCUGGCUUCGACUGGCAGAUAGCGCGGACAGGCGAGGUCUUCUAAAACGUUGCACAGGCUGCAUAUGCGUAGUGUGUUGGAUCAGCGCCCAAUAUUACAGUGUUUAUACGCAGACAUAUAUCCGACAAACGCUGUUUACAGCUAAUUUCAUUGAAGAGUGAGGAGAAUAAUGACAUUGUUAACAUUGAGUGAUGCGCCGUUAUACCUCGUUACAAUUUGAAGCUGGCAACACGUUGUUGGUGAUACUGGUUGUUGUCUGCCUCCUCCAAGCUGCAUACGGUGUUCCAGGGUGUGGAGUGGCCGGCGCCGAAGGGAGGCGGAGACAGCCGAGGGACUCCGAGGUGUCGCUGGCAGAAGGCCGUGGGUCGGACACCGGGAGCGGCAGAAUCAUCAACGGGCGCGAGAGCGCCAAGGGGGCGUGGCCCUGGCAGGCGUCCCUGCAGCUGUUGCAUCCGCAGCUGGGCCUGCUGGCGCACUGGUGUGGGGCCGUGCUCAUCCACCCGCUGUGGCUGCUCACCGCCGCACACUGCAUCCACAACGAGUUGUUCAACCUGCCGCUGGCGGCGCUGUGGACGGCUGUGCUGGGCGAGUGGGACCUCUCGCACCGGGAGGGCUCGGAGCAGCGGCUGCCCGUCGACCGCAUCGUGCUGCACCAGCGCUUCAGGCACCACCUGCACGACAUCGCCCUGCUGCAGCUGACGUGGCCGGCCAGCGGCGUGACACCGGCGUGCCUGCCCCCGCCGCAAGCCGCCUCCGCCCCCGCCACCGCCAGCUGCGUGGCCACGGGCUGGGGGCGGUCCAGCCGCUCCGCCGCCGCCUCCACGCCCGCCCCCGGCCGGCUGCUGGAGGCGCGCCUGCCUCUCCUGGAGACGCGCCGCUGCCGCCGCCUCUACCAGCGCGUCUCUGACGUGUCCCUGGGGCCGGGACACCUCUGCGCCGGCCGGCUAGACGGCUCUCAGGCCGCCUGCGUGGGAGACUCUGGAGGCCCACUGCAGUGCCCCUCUGGUGACGGGACGUGGUUCGUGGCCGGCAUCACGUCGUUCGGGUCUGGCUGUGCCCACCCCGGCCUGCCGGACAUAUUCACCCGCGUCUCUCACUACCUGGGCUGGAUACACGACACCAUCAAUAGCACCACAUAUGAAUCUGUUCAGUGAAGUCAUCUCAAGUUGAAGAUGUACCAGUAGACAUUCAGAGUGCAAAAAACUUAGUUUUCAGUGGUUUCUCUUUACAGAUUAGUAAAACAAUGUGUGAAAAAGAUUAUUUU